AUGAAGCCCGUAGUUUCAGCGUUCAAUGCAUGGACAUGCAUCGUCAUCUCAUUAUUCGCCAUUGUCAUCCUGAGCAUCAUCGGUGGUCUUUUCAUGAACAACCACCACAGCUUAAUGGGUGGUGAGGAGGAUCCCAAGGACGGAAAGAAGGUCGCAGUCACAGUCUUCGGAGCGGUCGGCAUAUACGGGGUCUUCCUUCUAUUCUGCGGAUGCCAGGCAUUCCUCCACAAACGAGCCAGCUCGCGCGGCGAGAUUGCGUUACGGUAAUUGGGAUCAAGAGAUUGUCUUUCGACGGGAAGUAUUGCAGUCGGCCUCUGCGCAGGUUCCGACGGAAACAGGAGAUAUUUCAGCGGCACAGUGUAUGAACAGACAUGAGAGGUUUU